UAAAAGGAUAUUAUUAUAAAAUUACAGAUAGCAUUUAAAAAAAUUGAAAAGUUUACAUGGUUUACAUUUAUUAUUAUUGGCAGGUAGACAAUAAAAUGCCAAACUUCAAACAUCUAUUGACAAUGUCAUAAUCAUCUGCAUUUUUUGUUCCCUCAUUCACCCCAUUUUCACCCAACUAAGACGUUUUAGAUCAGUUUAAAUCAAGCAAGGUAGUUGCACAGUAAACAAGAAGGCGAUAGCAUAUGGAAGAGGAAUUAGAAGUUACAUGUGAAAAAGUAUCAGGAUCAAUAUUUGCAAGUAUGUUUUCCAAUUCGGUUCCGGUAAAUAUCGCCUUGGCAAUAUUAAUAAUGGUGAUAGUCUACAAAAUUCUAUGUCACAUAAUCGCCACUCGAAAAUCACACAGAAGGAGAAUCAAGAAACAGGAUUUUACAUUACAAGAACUAAGACGUUACGACGGUACACAGAAGGAUGGACGAAUUUUAGUCGCAGUAGAUGGCCAAGUUUUCGACGUCACCGCAGCAACUAACUUGUACGGGCCGACGGGGCCGUAUGCGUCUUUUGCAGGAAGGGAUGCGACGCGUGGAUUAGCAACGUUCAAUAGUCUCAAUAUUAAAGACGGCGAGUAUGAUGAUCUGGAUGAUUUCGAUAUCAAUCAGAUGGACGACGUGAAGGAUUGGGGUAUGCAAUUCAAAGACACUUACUAUUUGGUGGGGAGACUGUUGAAGCCCCGAGAAGAUCCCACAAAUUAUACAGAAGACGACUAUUGAUUUCAAUUGAUUUACAAACACAUUCCAUUUUUACAUAACAAUCAAUAAAAAUAUCAUCCAUUAA